GCCCCGUGCGGAGCGGGCACAGCGGCUCCGCGCCCCCGAGCGCCCCGGGACCGGCCGCCCCUGCCCCGGGCUCGGGCUGCAGCUCCUCCCCGGCACGAUGCGCGCAGGACAUUAGUGGCUCCGGAGCACUUUGAGUCGCUCCCACCCCGCUCCGUGGGAUUAAUCUAUCCUUUUGGAGGUUAUUUUCGGCAAGCAGCCUCGCAGGCGGGCAGAGCGGCCGGAGGAAGAGCCCGCGGCAGGGGAGGGAUGCGGGAGCAGGGCAGCGGAGCCGGGCGGGACUGAGCCACCCGCAGAGGAGAGGAGGAGAGGGAAAGAGAAGAGAGGAGAGCAGAGAAGAGCUGCCCUGCUCCCUGCUCCCGUGCCGGGCUGCCUGCAUGGCUCCCGGGCACUGUGGAGAUUGUGGGGGCUGCUGCUGCUGAGCAACCAUCCAUCGCUUUAAACUCAGCCUCAACUUAGCGCAGCAGGCAAGAAUGGCAAAGCCACUGGAGCUUUGGAGCUGCCAGGAGAGCCGGGGAACCUGGGUUUUGGUCGCUGCUGUCUAAUAAAUGGGAGUAAAAUGGAAUUUCUUACCUGGGUUUUUCCUGCCUUGAUUCUACUGUGCACCCAACAGCACAGGUGUAUCAGAGCUAUGAGUGACAUCGGAGAUUACAUAGGUUCCAACAUUGAAAUCUCCUGGUUGCCCAACCUGGAUGAUUUGAUGAAAGGGUACGCACGAAAUUUCAGGCCUGGGAUUGGAGGUCCUCCCGUUAAUGUUGCUCUGGCAAUCGAAGUAGCCAGCAUUGACCACAUCUCAGAAGUGAACAUGGAAUACACCAUGACAGUAUUUUUGCACCAGAGCUGGAGAGACGAUCGUCUGUCUUACAACCACACCAACGAAACUCUGGGCUUGGACAGCAGGUUUGUGGACAAGCUCUGGUUGCCAGAUACUUUCAUAGUCAAUGCCAAGUCUGCCUGGUUCCAUGAUGUGACUGUGGAAAACAAACUUAUCAGGCUCCAGCCAGAUGGAGUCAUUUUAUACAGCAUCAGGAUUACCUCAACAGUGGCCUGUGACAUGGACCUUUCCAAGUACCCAAUGGAUGAGCAGGAAUGCAUGUUGGAUUUGGAGAGCUAUGGCUACUCUUCAGAGGACAUUGUCUACCACUGGUCAGAAAACCAGGAGGAGAUCCAUGGGCUGGAUAAGCUGCAGCUUGCUCAAUUCACAAUUACCAAUUACCAGUUCACAACAGAAAUUAUGAACUUCAAAUCUGGUCAGUUUCCCAGGCUCAGUCUCCACUUCCACCUUCGGCGAAACCGAGGAGUUUACAUCAUCCAGUCUUAUGUCCCUUCCAUCCUACUGGUGGCCAUGUCGUGGGUGUCCUUCUGGAUCAGCCAGUCAGCUGUGCCUGCCAGGGUGUCAUUAGGUAUCACCACUGUUCUUACAAUGACCACUCUGAUGGUCAGUGCCCGAUCCUCGCUCCCACGAGCCUCUGCCAUCAAGGCACUGGACGUUUACUUCUGGAUCUGCUACGUGUUUGUCUUUGCUGCACUGGUGGAAUAUGCCUUUGCACAUUUCAAUGCUGACUACAUGAAAAAGCAGAAGAACAAGAUAAAGGCGAGAAGGCAGAGUGCAGAGAUCAACGUGAAGAAUGCCAUUGUUCUGUUUUCCCUCUCCAUAGCUGGUGUGAGCCAGGAUCUGGCCAUUUCCAACAGGCAGCACCGAAUUCCCAGAAGCCUGCCUGGAUCAUAUGGCACAAUAGAAAUAGAAACUGGAGAAACAAAACAGCAGCAGGGAAUGAAACUGGACAAAAAGACUGGCCUGAAGUCCCUCUUUAAGCCCAUUGAUGCUGACACCAUUGACAUUUACGCCAGAGCUGUGUUCCCAGCAGCCUUUGCAGCAGUCAAUGUUAUAUACUGGGUUGCGUAUACAAUGUAAAGACAACAAAAAAAGGAAAAUUCUUCCCAAGACCUACAAACUGAACAAUACCCACAGGCUAAAAAGCCCUCACUGAAGCUGAAUUGAGGCACCUCUUCUCAAAGUAUUUUCCAACGAGCUCAAACACUUCCAAAGUCAAGAAGGUCCUGCUAUGAAUUCACACUUAAAGCAGCAAUUUAUUGGCGACCUGAUUUGAUACGUAGGACUGCACUCUGCCAAACAAUUCCAGCUCUUCCUUUCCUGUAAUACCAUGAGACAUCUUUUCAUAUGUACAUAUUUGUAGCAAAAGUUUAAAUCUUAAAUGACCAUAGUUUUCUUCCACUUCAAGGCUGAUCAGUAAUGAAGAUUUGGCUUUUCACACUCAGAUAAUUUCCUUCUUAUUUGUAAUGAAAGAGCUCAUUCCUCAUUUCUGCAAGAGUGGUUUUCUGCAUCUGUGGGCUGGUCUAGGUUUAACAGUAGUGCUAAAGCUGGAGUUUUUAAUCAGAAAAAUCUAAUGAAUAAAGUAAAAGGGAAUAGAGGGGAGUGGAGGUUUUUUUCUUAAAAUAUGAUUUGUCUUGGAUAAAGUAUUGAAAAAUUUCAAUGCUCUUAGUCACAGCAUGAAAUAAAAUAUACUACAUAAAAUUCUACUGAAUUGUUAAUAAUGACUCUAUUACAUUUCAGAUCUGAGCUAAUGAAAGUUUAAACACUUAAGCACAGAAAUGUUUAUUCGUUUACUAGGCCUCAAAAUAAAUAAAGUGGUUUAGAACCACAGGGGAAGCUUAGGCUUCCUGUGUUAGAUUGGGAAAAAUUUGAAAGGUGCUUGAUAAUGAAGUCAGACUCCAUUUGCAAGAAUGACUUUGGAAUUUGUUCUGUUAAUUUUCACUGAAAAUCUACCAUGUGUGCCUCUGAAAAUAUCCUUUUUGAAUCUGUCCUUAAAUAGCUGAGGGAAGUAAAAAAAUUUCAUAACUGCUUUUAAGUUAUUUCAUUGCUUUGGAUAUUUUUGCUGUUUUUAUUCAGAGGCUGAUCUAAUCUCUUAGGCCUCUUCACUUCCACUAUUCAACAGUGAAAUUCAUGGUUCCUCAUACACACUUCUUAAUUCGGGACUAGAUCUCUCACCCAACUCAUGCAAAAUAACACUUUGUUCUGUAAAUAAUCUCAGUGAGCUCACUAAGUGAACACAGUACUCACAACAAACUAAUUUCACAAUUAUUCUCUAAAAUCUUCACAAUAAAUAUAUUGGAAUAUGGAUUAAAACAACUGAAAUAUUGUUAAUGUAGGAAGCUAAUGUAAGACACUACAAAAGGGCAAUUUAUUUUCAGGAUAUUGUUGGCUUGAAAGUGAGAGGUUGUUUUAAAAAUAGAGAAUGCCACAAAAGAAAAGGUGAAAUGAGAAAGAGGGAAAGAAGGAAGCAAAGCAAGAUGCUGAAAGCUGCAAUGGAAAGGAGCAUGGAGAGAGACUAAGGCAGAGGCUGUAGGUGAGAGAAGAGCUUUGCUGGCAUUUAGGAUGGGGCUCUUGAACGUGUGGCUGAUAAUUCGUAAUUGCAAUAAGCGUGAAAGGAGGAUUUGAUCCCGGUGGAGCAUGUGCACAUUCCUCCUGCCUUAACUCAGCUGUGAUUUAGUUUGAUUUCAUAUGACCAGCACUGAAAGAUAAAAUAUUUUAGCACUGAUUUAUAGCUUAGAAUAAGAUUUGUUCAGUAUCAGAGAAGUAAGAGAAUGCUUUGAAGAAAAUAUAAUGAUCUUGAACUGGGCUGUAAUAGAAAAUAUCCUCCACUGUAGGUCUUAGGUUCCUCAGUCUUUAGUUUCUGUGAUCAUGGAAAAGCUAUCAGCCAACAGAGUGCUGGAAAACCCCAAGUAACAUUUAGCUGUGAUUGUUCCACCAAGUCCUCACCAACCUGACCCUGGACUGAGACAAACUGGCUUCUGCUCCCACAUCUCACCACUGAACUGCUGGGGAAUCUCACUCAAGACCCCCCACUGCAUCGUCUGAAAAACUGCUGAUUUCUUUCCUAUAUCUUUGAAUUUUAUAGAAGAAAAGCCCUUCAGGAGAAAUAAAAACUCCUAUGCUCCAGCUAGGUAAGUGCAUCCAAUGGGUACUUUCAUGGUACUAUUUACCAUAGCUUCUGAGGCUGACGUACUGAAUUAAGGCCAAGUAUCACUCAAAUGUCACCUUACCCAGAAUGCGAAUGAAAGUCUGCAUCUCUUUCAAUAUAUUCAGGUAACCAAGCUUUUUUCUUUCCCUCCUGCUUCUCCUCUUUCUAAUUUGUUUUUCUUAUUGUUUGUUCCUGAUGCUGAUGGAAUGCUGCAUUUCAGAAAUACACUAUAUUUUUUUCUAAGUGUGUUUUUGGUCAUAGUCACUUUCUCUCCAAGGAAACACAACCUCUUCUGCCUUCUUCUGAAUAAGUCCUACUGCUCUAUAUAAUGAUUUAAUGCAGAGUGGAAUAAAAGCAGCAGAAGCAUGACUUUA